CGGCUUUUUGCCAGAGGGAGGUGCGGGAAGCUCGCGCCGCACGCGGGCUGCCGGGCUGGUGACGUAGCAGCGUUAGCGUCACCCGGCAGGGGCCGGGCGGGUAACCCACCCCCACCCGGUCUGGCGGCGGGGACGUAAGGCGCGAGCCGUGGCCGGAGCUGCGCGCGGGCCUGGCCUCGCUGCCGCGGAGCAGGGGGCUGAGCGCGAGCGGCCGGCGCGGCCCCGGGCGGUUCCCCGCGGUGCAAUAUGUUCAAGAGAAUGGCUGAGUUCGGGCCUGACUCCGGGGGGAGAGUGAAGGGAGUUACUAUUGUGAAACCUAUAGUUUAUGGAAAUGUUGCACGUUAUUUUGGAAAGAAGAGAGAGGAAGAUGGACACACACAUCAGUGGACAGUUUAUGUAAAGCCUUACAGAAAUGAGGAUAUGUCUGCUUAUGUGAAGAAAAUUCAAUUUAAACUACAUGAAAGCUAUGGUAAUCCUUUAAGAGUUGUUACCAAACCACCAUAUGAAAUCACUGAAACGGGUUGGGGUGAAUUUGAAAUCAUCAUCAAGAUAUUUUUUAUUGAUCCCAAUGAAAGACCUGUAACUUUAUAUCAUUUGCUGAAGCUGUUUCAGUCUGACACCAAUGCAAUACUGGGAAAGAAAACUGUAGUAUCCGAGUUUUAUGAUGAGAUGAUAUUUCAAGAUCCUACUGCUAUGAUGCAGCAGCUUUUGACAACAUCUCGUCAGCUAACGCUAGGAGCUUAUAAGCAUGAAACGGAGUUUGCAGAUCUUGAAGUAAAAACCAGGGAAAAGCUGGAAGCUGCCAAAAAGAAAACCAGUUUUGAAAUUGCUGAGCUUAAAGAGAGAUUAAAAGCAAGUCGGGAAACUAUCAACUGUUUAAAGAGUGAAAUCAGGAAACUUGAAGAAGAUGACCAGUCUAAAGAUAUCUAACAAGUAUCAAUUUGAUAGAGACUUAGUUGUAAAUAAAGGGACUUGGAUCAUGGAACAAUGUUAACAUAGUCCCUCAAAUUUCACAGAGGGGACUAUGUACAGUUUCAUCCAUUAAUUUCAUUUCAAAAGAUUGUUGUAUGUGAGGCCAGCUUUACAGAUGAAAAAUGUCCAGUGUUUAAACUAUAGAAGUAUGUGAAAUUUUUAUUUUUCUAUCAUUUUUAAAUAAUGUAAUUCUUUGAAAUCGGACUUUUUAAAAAUUUUCAUUGAGUGCAGCAUGGUAACUUUAUAUUAAAUCUCAGGUUACUAUGAUUUACAACAUGUAAUCAGUUUUCAUACUCCAUUUACUCUUCCUAAAUGAUUGGAGACAAAUCUUUAAAACUGAACAUUAAAAUUGUAGUAGCUUUUUCACUGUUAGGAAUCUGAAACUCCUCUGCUUAGUUGUUGGCUUCACAUCCAGUAUGAUGAGUAAACUUGAAGGGAGAGGUUAAAAUCUUUGGUAUGCAGAUAGAUUAAGCCUGUCAGUUUAAAAUUACAUCUGCACUUCUGUUUUCUGGUAUUGGUAUUAGGAAAAAGUGAGCUGGUAAAGAUUCAGGAAGAUGAGAUUCUUUUAACUAGCAGUUGUACUUUACAAAUGGUACAGAGACAAACUAUAAAAAUGUAGAUCAGACUUAUAUAAAUGCAGCAACCACAUUACUUAUAUUCCAAGAUGUAAGGUGACUUGUCAUGUUGUGCAACUUAAUAUAUUAGUAUUAUACUGUUGUUUGUUACCAACUCAGUAACUCUAGCAUACAUCCUUACUGAAAAAGCAGUACAUGUUCCCCUUGUCAGAUCUGACUUUAUUCAUAGGAAUAGAAGAGCCUGACAGUGAUGCAGCAACUUGUGAUCUUGGAAUAAAGGGUUAUCUUCCCAGCUAUUUUUUAAAGUACCAUUUUACAAUAAAAUCACCUGUUAAAUACGCACACAAACCCCAGGAGUUAAUGUGAGAUUAUGACGAUUCAAAGCAUUGGGAUUGCUUUAAAUUUGAGAUGAAGGUGAACCGUCUGACCAUAACUUUAGUAAACUAAAUACAUUUAAAACAGUUUAAUAGAAGUGUAACGUACUUCAAAUAAUGCAGUUUUUUUUAUAUCUGCACUUAAUACAGAAUUGGAAGGAUUUUUCCUUUAUUCUCUGGCCCCACAAUGCAGCCAAGAUAUGUGGGAAUCAAAUGAGAAGGCACAAGCCAAGACCCUUUUUUAAAAGGUGUUUUCAAAGAGUUAUAACUUUUCCAUGGAACCAACUACUAUCUGAUGUUCAAAUAAAGCUGGCUGACUCUAAAAGAUGGUCCAAGUGGCUACCUUGGACAAAUUGUUGCUGGUCUGAUGCCUUGCUAGACUCAUGAGAGGAGAACAGAGGUGGAAAUGUACUAAAUUGAAAAGGGAAGUAAAAUAGAUGUCUGCAUUCCAGAAACAGCAGCUCCUCUAACUCCUUGCAGCUGCUGCUCUGGACUUGAGAGUGGGCUCAAGUUGGCGGGAUAGGGUUUAUAUAGAAGCCAAUGGCUUACCCAAGCCCCACCAGCUCAGAUGAUGCCUUGUCACUUUCCCAACCUCUGAGUGAGAGUAAAAGAGUCACUAUCCAGAGGAAGGAAGGCCCAAUGGGUAGGGAACUAGUUUAGGAUUGGGGAAACUGUGGUUCAGGUUCUUGCUCUCCCACAGUGAGAUACCUUGAACAAGUCACUUAGCCUCUCCGUGCCUCAGUAUCCCUUGUGAUAUGGGGAUAAUAGUACACCCCUACCUCAUUAAGGAUUAUGAGAUGCUCAGAUACUACAGCGAUGUGGAUCAUUUAAGCACCCUAGGUAACUUCUUUUCCUGACAGUGAUUGUAGAGGGUUCUUGGAGCUACUUGCUAGAGUUGAAGCUGUGAGGUGUCACUAGAAUUUCAGGAGUACUAUCACACGAGAGUUGGGGGAAUCACAUUCCAUUUCCUGAGGUAGCUUUUAAGAUCCUGGAAUUUUUUUCUGUUUUGGGAAUAGGAUAUAGAUGGGGAGGUAAAGGAAACCUGGGAAUUCGCAGUAGUGGUGGGACAAAAAUUGGUCUAGAACUCAAAUUGUACCAAUAUUUACUGCUGCACAGCCCUGCAACAUGAGAUUGUGGGGGAAUGAGGAAAUCAUCUCAGUGUUUUUAAUCUUCACACUGAGCCAACGUAUGUGACAAGAAUGCCUCUCCUGGUUUGGGAGUUGAAGUUGUGAAUCCUAAUUCUAGAGUACGAGUCAAAAUAAUGAGACUAAUGGGGAUAUGAGUAACAUGCAAUCAGAAUUCUAGAGCCUCCAAAGUGUUGAAACAGAUCUUGAAAGGCUGUGUCAUAGAUAGCUUAGCAGAAUUCAAUUUUUUUUAUAAUUUUGACAUAUCAAUGUUUAGUUUUAAACAUUUUAAAACUUUUAUUAACUUAAAUUUUCAGUUGCAGAAAAUUGGGGCGGAGAGGAGGGGUCAGGCAAUAGGCGAGAUCAGGCCAUAAUUCUUUAAUGACAGUAGAUGUUGCGAUUUCAAAAAGUUAAAGCUUUAUUGUCAUUAAAACACAAAUUGUCCACAUCACAUCAAAAUAUACAAAAUACAUAUUCUUAAAUCAAACUCUUCACAAGCAGCAUGUUUCUUAUUUUGCCUAUCUGUAAACUUUGGUUAUUAUAGAUAUAAAUUUUUGUUAAUAUUUAUGUAUGGUGAAAUGAACAUCUACUGUCACUUACUGAUAAUCUAUUCCUCCCAAGCCUAGUAAUAAGCAAUAUCUGAAUCAGCUUUUCUUAAGAACCUAAAAACUCUAUCCAGCUGUAUUUUUAUACCAUUGUUAUCACCAUAGUAUUAGAAUACUUUAAGUGCAGAACUCAACCUUAAAAAUGGACCCAAGACUGAUGCAUCCGUAAUAGAGCAUUCCCAUAAUAGAUCAGUGAUCUCCCCCCCCCACCCCCCGGUUACUUCUCCUGAGGAAAUCAAGAAUUUUUUUCUUGUCACUAUUCCCUCAACUUCACUUUUUAUGCUUUUCUUUCUCUCCUUCCUUCCUUGCUAUUCCUAUAGGAGGAGGAGACAGAAAUAAUACCUAUUACUUAGAGAAAAAUAAAUUAGUCACGAAAUCUUUUCCUGAGCAGCUAUGACCCUCACAUGGAAAACAAUAAACUAUUUCAUAUAUUACACUGUUUAAGUUCCUUGUGUGCAUUCUGUAUUUUUCUUCAUUGGUAGAAAAUUGUUUCUAAGCAUGAAGAAAACAUACUUGAAUUCAGUGGUAUCAGGAAAAUUCAAUUACAAUGGUUGUGACUCUACUUUGGCCACCCCUGAGUACGAUGUUUUUCACUUGUUCCAGACAAGUCGUUAUGGUUCAUGAUUGUGAAUUUAAGUGGUAGCUAUGUACAUUGUUGACUCUGACUUUCUGCCUUCAGAGAGUGGUUCUAUCCUGAAUUAUAGUGAUGACACAGAGUGGUGUUUUAAAAUCCCUUCAUGAGAAGAAAAAAAAACCUGAUUGUGCCAUAUGUUUAAAAAAAAAAAGACUACUUGAUCUCACCCAGAUACAUGAUAAUUUAGUAUAAAUAAUUGUCUAGCACUAAAGCUUCAGACUCUAUUUAAACUAAUCCUUUGGUGGGUGAGAAGAAAUAUGGUUUAUUUCCAUUAUAUUGCUACCUAAAAUGUUCAGGAUUAGGAGAUAAACUUGUCUGGUAAUAAAUCAUGUUACAAGUUAACUAGUCCAGAUACAAUGUUAUCUUACUUCAUGCAUCAAACAUGUAGCUUUAUAAUUAAGCACGGUUUGCUAUUUCCAUUGCAAACUCCCAUUUCCGCCACCCCAAUAAUUUUAACCCAUUUUAACUCAGCUGUCUGAGAUGUGAGAGCUAAAUAUUUAGGCUGGAUGAGAGAGAGACUGCCACCCACCUCCCUUGAUCACCUUCCCUUUCACUACUUUUCAGUAGUAAAGAAAAACUCUCACUAAACUGCUGAUCUGAAAGUUGUAUGCUUCACCAUCCCUCUACAGCUUUUUCAGCAUGGGGGUGGAGUGGGGUUGAUUCUUCUGAGGGGGUGGUGGUUAGCAUAUAAGCCUGUUUGUUAACCUGAGAUAAAAUUUUGGGUUUGACUUUUUGAUACUCUUGUAUCUUAUACUAAUAUGUGUGAAGAACAAUGAACAAAGACACUGUGUUGCAUUUCCCGUAACCUGAUGGGGUUUUUAGUACAAUGGGAAGAGAUAAGGGAUAGAGCAAUUGAAGUGUUACAGGGUAUGGUGGGAGUGUAAUAUAUAUGAGCAUACACUGAAAGGCUGCCUGGCUCCUUUCUCAAGCCAAGGUCAAGCAACCAGUUCAGGGGAGAGAUGGGGAAGAGGCAUAAGAAACGCUAAAAGCCAAAGAAAAGCCUGGCCUUGGCCAGAACACAGCCUCACUCCUUACCCCUCCCAUGGGAUACAAAAGAGGUGGGAUAAAGACCCAGACCAGACCCAUUACCCUCCAAAAUGGAACAUGACCAUAAGUUGUGAGGAGUGUGACUAGGAGUGUGCACUGCAGGUGUAUUUGGGCCUGCUAAGGAGGAGGAGAUGGGAAUGGGGAAACAGGGAAAUAAGCAAGGAUCUGCAGCGUCUGAGCUGGGAAGGAGGACACGGGGUAAACGCUCUGUGGUGUUAGAGCUGGGAAUGGAACACUGGGAAACAGACUCUGCCAGCGUAUAGAACUGUGGUAUACAUGUUUGCUUGGAACUAACCCUAAUGAACAUCGCAUUGCCUGCACUUCAGACUUCUGGUCAUCUGCUUUCUCUCUGCAUGACAAGAACCAGGGGAGAGGGUGAAGGGAAAACCCUCUUAACAGUGGUAGCAGACAGGAAGUGCAGCUCUGUUGGCGCAACCUGCCCGGCCUCAUCCAACAGUGCUCUAGGACAGUAAGUAGGUUGCUGGUGCCCAAGACCCAUCCCUGUUGGAGGGAGAGGGCCCCAGACUGGUGGCCAGAGGCAAACUGAAGAUACAGAAGCAAAGAGCCUCGUGGGCAUGAGCCACACCGAUGUAUACUAUUCUUCAAAUGCAGACCUGGUGAGAUCUCCUGAGACCUAUGAAGUAUCUAGAUACAGCAAGGUGAAGUAUCUCCUCUCCCUCUUACUCAUUUUCUUUUGUUACUUCUGUAUUCUGUCUGUAUCUUUUGCAUUCUCGUAUUUUUAUCCUGUUUCGUUCAUUUACUCUGUCUUGCCCUUCUUUUUAGCAAUUUAGGACUGGUAACAGUUGUCAGAUUGAAAGCCUUGAAGAAUAAAACCCAGCACCAGAAGAAUAUGGACAACUAACUACCAGGUUGUUGUAAGAAAUGUUGCUUUAUUUGACUUUUUCCAGAGAGUUAUUCUUCUGGCUACACUAACCCAUCUGUCCCUUUGGCAUGUAAACUACACUGCUGAACCACUUACAACUUUAUAUCAUUUAUCACCAUCCAUUUUCAGACCUGCUUAAACCUGAUGUGUAACUUACACCUCCAUUUACAUCACCAUUCAGUUUGGUCCUAGUAUUUCUAUUUAACCCACAUCUCUAAUACUAAGCCAUUUAGAGCUGUACCCUUUGUAGAUUUCACUUUAGAAUGCCUAGGACCUGAAUGAAGUCUAUUUCAGGGGUUUGCUCUAAGAAUUUUCAUGAUCAAAGGGAGAGAUGGGGAUGGUGGUGGGAAGUUUUCCCCUAAAUGUAUAUUUAAUGAUGUUAAUGUUGAUGUUUAUGUUUGAAUUAAUGUGUUUGCUGUAACGAUUAGUAUAAAAUGAGUUAAUUAUGGAACAGAAAUCAGUGGAGUCCAUGAUUCAAGAUGGUGGUGUGCCAUAACAACAACUUGGACUCCAUGUUGUUGCUCCUUCUUGUCAGAACUUUCACACCUUUUCAAAGUAGUGGCGGGAAAAGAGUAACGGACUCUUAGGGGUCAGUUAGAACCAGCUCAGACCGCUAGGUUCACACCACUGAGCAUAUAAAAAGGGCUGCAUGCCUGAGCAUUCUUGCUGUCCACCAGAGCGGCAGGCAGGUAUCACAUUGAUUUGUGCGGACGUCGAGGAUCUCCUCAGUGACUCCGGACCCACACCAUUGCCCAAGAAGGCAUCACUUAUCAUCACUCAUGAACUAUAACACCUACCUAUAUCCUAAUUCCUGCGACGCCUUUAUCUGCAGUCCUGGUUCCAGUAGAUCUUCGCUGUCGGUCCUGUGCUCCUCCCUCCCGUAGCCCAAGUCAGGCUGCGAAGCUUGGUUUGAGGUCCAGGAUUCGGAACUCACACUGUCAAGCUACAAUGAGAUACACCACCAUCAGCUGUUUUGUCUUACCUGAAGUUGUCGCCUCUGACUCAGUACAGUAUUGGGUUAGUUUGUGUUUUCCUUUUGUUUAGUUUAAAUAUAGCCAAGGUUAAGGGUUGUACGGGUCUCCGGGCUUCAUGUCCAAUUGGGGGCUGCCGCACUUGCAUUUGUAUUGGGUUGUUUAUUCUAGUUAUCAUUCCCCUAUCCCUGCUAUUGUCAAUUUUCUUAAUAAAUCUUUAACUGUUUUCGAAGCA